UUAUAGAUUUAGUUUGCGGUCACACUCAUUGUUACACGUGCUGUCAGCAAGUUGUCAACUUUGUUAUUUUGCUUGUGUUUUUAUUUCGGUAAAAUCAUGGCCGGUGAUGGGAGCGGGUCCGAUUCUGGGAGUGACUAUGAAGUGGAACUGUAUAUACAGCCGAAGAGAGUGAGGAAAACAGUAAACGAUGAUUCUGCCGAUCUACUGGGGAACUUUGAUGACGAGAAACGUAAAGAGAUCUUUGAAGGCACAUAUGUGGACAAGGAUGAUGUCAAGAACGCCAGCGAUUCUGACAGCAGUGACGCCGAGGACGAAGACCACCCGGAUGAAAACAAUGAGGUAGAUGACACCAAACAAACGGAGGAAAAGGUUGCAGAUGGCAGCGAAGGCUCUGCGGACGAGGAAGAAGAAUCCAAUGCUGAUGGACACAUAACCACUAAUCAAUUGAAUAGUCUACUGCGUGGUGCCUCGAAAUUAAACAGACACGUACUCUACGUUACAAAUCUCAACUUUGAGACGACUAAGGACGACUUGGAGUCGCACUUUGCGGUUGCUGGUGCUGUGAAAUCCAUUAGAAUACCCAAAAAGCGACGGGGCGGUUUUGCCUUUGUGGAGAUGGAGGAUCUGAAAAGUUUCCAACAAGGAUUCCGCUUGCACAACACAGAAUUGCAGGGGCGCAAAAUCAAGGUUCAGAUAUCGGAGGCAGGCAAAAAGAAGUCUGCAAACAAGAAAAACAUCAUAAAGCAAAAGAAUCGCAAACUCGCGGAGAUGCGCAACGAACAGAAGACAUUCACAAAGAGUGGCAAAUUCUACGACAAGGAUUUGAAGAAAGAAAAGGCCAAAGAUUUGCUCGCGCGCAAGCGUCGGCGUAAAAAUCCAGCACCCAGAGGAAAAUAAAUAAAGAAGGUACAAGUGUUUUACAUCAAUGUACUUUCUUAAUAGUCUCUUAGAUUGUAAAUAAAUGUAACUUAACAACAA